AACGCCCGUCACCUGAAAGAAGGAAAGAAAAGAUAAAACGAACAAUCAUCGGUUUGGCAAACAGUUGGCAAAAACUCUCGCGAGAGUUGUUCAUUGUCGCAACAAGUGUUCGAAAGGGGAAAGAAAAGAAAAGAAAAAAGAGAAAGAAGAAGAAAAAGAAAUUGGCGCGAUUCUCGUAUCUGGUGCCCGUUGCUCUCACGAAGUGGGGGUUGAUGCUGGCGGUUGGUUGGCUGAGCAUGCGCAAGAAGGGGCGCGCGACAGCCAACCGUGUCCGGAGGGCACAGCUGUGCGCGCGCCGACUUUUCUCCCGUGACUGUCCGAGGGCCCCCCAGGAAAAUGGCCGAAACGCACGGUCCACCGGUCUUCUCCCCGAAAACACUCUAUCAACUGAGCGUGCUGGCGAUCGCGAACAAGUUUCUGAGCCUGAGGAAGUAUCUCCCCGACCUGCCGAACGACGUCCUAUUCGACGUUUAUUAUCAGUUGUACAAAGAGAAAAGAUUAUGCUUACUAGGGAUCGACUUCAGCAAUUUGGAGAUCUUCUCCAAAAUGUUAACGGUCACUAGCCGCCGUGUACAUCUACUGCAAAGCUUUCAGAGUCUUAUAGAUCACGGAGUGCGGGUCGAGGAGGAGCUGAGCAUCAGCUACACAGUAUGCUAUCUCGAUGUCAGUGAAAAUCCAGCUGCCGAGGAGAAGCUGAUAAACCUAGGCUUGAGACUCGGUGGAUUCUUCAGUGAUGCCGGCUGGUACGCGAAAAGUGAACAAGUGUUGCUGGCGUGCAAACAAUUAUGCCUAGCGAACAAUUCCACGCCUCAGAAUUGGUGUAGAACGUUGGAAUGUUGUCGAAAGCUGCUGCAUGUACAAGCGGCGUACUGCGAAUUUUUACAAGCGGCGAAGACACACCAACUUGCCGUAGAACUGAUAGAACAGUUAAAAAAGGCAGGUUAUAACGAUUAUAAUUAUGCUGCUAUUUAUACUGAGUUCAGUAUACUUUUUUAUAUGAAAAGCGAGUACGACGAAGCCUACAGAUGGAGUAUAGAAGCACUCAAGCAAUUGAAGCCAGCGUUAUCGGCACGUGUCACUGUUGAUGUGUUGAGACAGGCAGCAAAAUCGUGUGUAUUAAAACGCGAAUUCCAAAGAGCUGGUCUUUUAAUUAGACAAGCUGUAUAUCUUGCUAAGGAAGUAUUCGGUACGGAUCAUCCGGUGUACAGUAACGUCCUCAUAGAUUACGGAUUUUAUUGGUUAAACUUUGAUAAUAUAAUUAACAGUGUAAAUCUUUAUAAGAAUGCGUUAGCUAUUAGAAUAGAAAUAUUUGGUAAAAUGAACUUGCACGUUGCGUUGGCGCACGAGGACCUGGCUUAUGCUCUUUACGUAUACGAGUAUAGGUCUGGCGAAUUUCCAGAGGCAAGUGUUCACAUUGAGAAAGCAAUAGACAUAAUGUUAAACCUUUUACAUGGGGAUCAUUUGUUGUUAGCGAGCGCGAAAAGAAUAAAUGCAUUAAUUCUCGAAGAAAUAGCGUUAGAUACUACGUCGUCGCCGUUGUCGAAACAAAAUCUGCUGUUCAAGGCUGAAUGCCUUCAUUUGUCCGCCUUGCAAUCGGCAAAAGAGGCGUUCGGCGAACGAAACGUACAAACGGCAAAACAUUACGGGAAUUUGGGACGUGUCUAUCAAAGCAUGAGGAAAUGUAAGGAAGCUGAAGCGAUGCAUCUCAAAGCUAUACGUAUUAAAGAAGAAUUACUAGGACCGGAUGAUCACGAAGUUGGAUUAAGCAUAGGACACUUAGCUUCCUUAUAUAAUUAUCAUAUGAACCGAUACAGAGACGCUGAGAAACUUUAUUAUAGGAGUAUCGAAAUUAGUUUGAAAUUGUUCGGUAAGAGCUACAGUGGCCUAGAAUACGAUUACCACGGACUUUUAAACGUUUACACAAAGCUCAACGACUACAACAAAGUUCUAGAGUAUGCAACAAUACUGAAUACCUGGAAAAUGUUGAGAGAUAAACAUUUGGAAUCGGAAGAGCCGACGAUCGAUCCUAAAAGACGGCCGCAACCGAUCGAUGAAGUGAUCGAGACGUUUUUUUCUAUGUAAUAUAGGUGUAUAUUAAUGUUUUAAUAAUCAUUAUCACACGCCGGCUGAUAUACAAUUCCAAUUUUGUUGGAGUAACUCGGGCCAAAGUACGAAUGAAAGUUUGCGAGUUACGUUAUACUAUUUAGGGUAUCGUAAAUCAUAUAUUUUUGGCAGUAUGUAUCGUUAAGAUUUCUCAAACAUAGUCACAUGAACUUCAUGUUUCUUCUUUGUACCUCACCAUUUUGUACGUAUUAAUUACUUUUACGACUAGUUUUAGCAGGAAAAAAAAAUCAAGAAUGUUUAGAGCUGAAUGUUUUUGCGUCACGAUCGAUUAUCAGCAGCAUUUAGAACAU